AUGGUCUACGUACGGCAGGAAUACCUGCCGAACCUGCGGCAGUACAAGUACUCGGGCGUCGACCACUCGCUGCUGUCGCGCUACGUGCUGAAGCCCUUCUACACCAAAGUCGUCAUCAAGUGCUUCCCCAUGAACAUGGCGCCCAACCUCAUCACGCUGACAGGCUUCAUGUUCGUCGUUGCCAACUUCCUGACCCUGCUCUGGUACAAUCCGACCCUGGACCAGGACUGCCCUGCUUGGGUUUACUACAGUUGGGCCGCUGGCCUAUUUCUGUACCAGACUUUUGACGCCGUGGACGGGUCGCAAGCACGACGAACCCAUCAGUCCGGACCCCUCGGCGAGCUGUUCGACCAUGGCGUUGACGCUCUCAACACCUGCCUCGAAGUCCUCAUCUUUGCCGGCGCGACUAACAUGGGCCAAAGCUGGAAGACGGUCGCCACCCUAUUCGCCAGCCUGCUGACCUUUUACGUCCAGACCUGGGACGAGUAUCACACCAAGACGCUCACCCUCGGCAUUAUCAACGGCCCCGUCGAGGGCAUCCUCACCGUGAUAUUGGUUUACGCCCUUACCGGGUUCCUGGGCGGUGCCUCGUUCUGGAACCGCGGUAUGCUCGCUACCCUCGGCAUCCCCCAGGCCCUACCUGGCGGCUUCGUCGUCCUCCCGACGUUCCUCUACAACCUCUCCUUCACCGACUGGUACAUGGUUCAGGGCGCCAUUGUGCUGAUCUACAACACGGUCGAGUCGGCGCGCAACGUCAUCCGCGCGCGCCGCGCCCGCGGCGACCGCUCUCGCUACGCACUCGUCGGCCUGGCGCCCUUCUUCACUGCCUGGUUGCUCAUCGUCGCCUACCUCGCCCUGCAGCCCACGAUCCUGCGAAAUCAUCUCAUCCCCUUCGGCAUCUUCACGGGCAUCGUCAAUGCCUACUCGGUCGGCCAGAUGAUCACGGCGCACCUGGUCAAGCUGCCGUUCCCCUACUGGAACGUGCUGGUCGUCCCGCUCGCCUGGGGCGUCAUUGACUCCCUCGGCCCGUUGCUCCUGCAGCACAGCCCCGUCCCCUGGCUCGGCUGGCCGUCUGCCCUGGGCGACGGCGUGUACCAGGUCGCCUUCAUGUUCUGCAUGCUCGGCAUGGCGGUCGGUGUGUACGGCAGCUUCGUGGUCGACGUCAUUGUCACCAUCUGCGAUUAUCUCGAUAUCUGGUGUCUGACCAUCAAACACCCGUGGGUCGAGGGCCGGGACGGGAGCGGGUCGUCAUCCAUGCAGGUUCAAAAUGGCGGGGCCGAUAAGAAGAAGGAUUGA